UGUGUUGCAUGCAAAACUUCCUGAAUCGUGCCAGCCAAUUACAUUACAAUACAAAUAGAUUUCUGAAUAGAAUAGUGUAUGUUGGACUAAUAGAGGGUUUAGUUUAGAACUGUGUAUACUUUGAAAUUUUUAGGUGCGGUGAAGGUCCUUAUUUGACCUACUGUAGAAUAAGACUGUGGUAAAGAAUAAGCAAAGCUGGCGUCUUUAAAUAAACAAAGAAAUUUUCCUUCAGACAUGGAGGGGUCUGAACUGGAGGUGACAGGUGUGUCAAGAUCUGGACGUGUUCGUAAAAAAUCCUCAAAACUAACGGACUUUGAAUCUUUGGAUGAAGUUGAACGAUACCGUAAAAAAAAUGAGAAGCUCGAUCCAUACAUAUCAUCUAACUCUGUACCUAGAGCGUCAAACCUGCAGAAGAAAAUGUCCAUUAAAAUGGAAAUGAAUUCAGAAGAGGAAGAUAAUGAAGUUCCAGUUCCAAAUUAUGGUAUUAAGGAAGAGGUGCCUCAGUAUUCUGAAUCAGACUCCGAACUGGGCAUGUUUCACAACAAUGACUCCAGCUUAGAUUCUUUAGGUAGUGAAGUAGAUGAAGAUGACAUGGAGGAACACAUGGGACUUGGCAACACAGACAAUGCUCAGGUCACUGAAGGGUUUCAGAGAAUCAAUCCUGAUAGUCCUGACACUGGUACCCCUACUCAGGCUCAGUCAUUGUACAUGUUGGAAAAAUCAUCUAAGAAGAAAUUAAUUAUUCGUGAUGGAAGAAUUGUUGGAAGAAUGAAAGCGCAACGAAAAGAUAAAGGCAAAACACGGUUCACUGCUUAUAUGUUAUGGGCAAAAGAGAUACGCCAAGAACUGAUGCGUGCAAAUCCAGAGCUAGAUUUCUCACAAACAAGCAAGCGGUUGGGUGAGCUAUGGGCAACUGUACCAUAUAAUGAAAAAUAUAUCUGGAAACGAAAAGCCAAAAGGCUAGCAAGCAAGGGAGGAAAGGAGGAGAAAAGUACUCCAAUGGUCACGACAUCAUCUCCAAAGAAAAGGUCUCCUCCCGCUCGCAAGUUUAUCAACAAACAGCAAUCAACUGGGGGUGGAGGGCAGACCAGCCAGCCAGUGCUACAGCUGGGCCAGCCUUCAGUGGGAGGAAACAUCCCUGUGUCUCCCCCCGACCACCCAGUCAAAGGAGGAAGGUCUACUCUGGUAGCAGAGCCUGUGGUUGGUCCCGGCAUGUAUAAAGUAGUGGGCACACAACCAAUUGACGUGUCAGCACAUCUGCGACUGCUCGGAGAAUCUCUCUCCAUCAUCGGAGAACGUCUGAAGGAACAUGAAGGCCAGAUUGCUGUCUCAGGAAGUCUGUCUGUGCUGUUAGAUUCUCUACUGUGUGCUCUGGGGCCUUUAUUGUGUCUCACCCAGCAAGUACCUGAGAUCAGCAAUGGCUGCUCUCCAGAAACCCUUUCUAAAAUACUAGAUAAUAUUGCUUAUAUAAUGCCAGGCUUGUAAAUAGAGUUACCACAGUAAGUAAAUAAAAGUUUUGUAUAUGGUA